CUCGUUCAUUUAUUUAUUUUUUUUCCGCCGACUUUUCCUGCAGCCUGCCAUUCCGUCACGAUGAUUUUUAGUUUCCUUCUCCAUCGGACUCCCCGAUGUUGUGCAGCCUGCUGCGCGGAGGCGUGAAUCCUUGUCGAGUAGAGGUGGAUCUUCCCGGAUACGUCGAGGAGGUAUAUUAAAUACCAACAUUUUCUUUCUUUAAAAAAAAAAAAAAGGAAGAGUUUGACGGAACCCCCCUACCCACCCACCCCACCUUCCAAAAUCCCACAAUGCCGCGGAGGAAACAAGAAGCGCCGAAGCGCGCGGCAGCCUAUUCCCCCGAGGACACAACAGAGCACACUGUGGAGGACGAGGAGGCGGAAGCAGAUGACCUGCCCGCGGCCCCUGAGGAUGACCUUCCCGUGAGGGACGAGUUUGUGGAGGAGAGCGGAGGGCCCGCCAGGGAGCAGGCGAGUGACCAGGAAUCAGCUGGGGCCGCCGAGCUCUCGGGACAAGAGGUGGACGUGGAGUCACAAGUCAGUGAGACCAGUGACUGUCUCUCAGACUUUGAGAGUCCCUCAAGAAAAGCCGAGGGCAACUUGGUCCCGGCACCCCUGAACGGCGACGCCAAAACGCCUCCCGCGGGCAUGGACACCUUGGAACAAAUGAAGGUCAUAUACUCCAGCUUCCUCACUGGGCCCCUGUGGUCCCCGCUGAGCUUCAAUUCCACGUCGCCACAGGCGCAGACGUCGGCCUCUGCGGAGAAGCCAGCUCGCAGCAACAGCACCAGCAGCAACAGUAGCUGCAGCAGCGGUAACUAUGACUGGCACCAGUCCGCGGUGGCGAAGACGCUACAGCAGCAGACUCCCCAGAGCCGCCACCCCGCGCAAUCUGAGCCCAGCCUCUUCAGUACAGUGCAGCUCCACAGGCAAAACCCCAAGCUCUUCGGCUCAAUCUUCACUGGGGCCAGUAAGUUCCGGUGCAAGGGCUGCAGUGCCGCUUACGACACCCUGGUGGAGCUGACCGUUCACAUGAAUGACACAGGCCACUACCGCGACGACAACCACGACAAGGCUGGCGGCGGCUCCAAGCGCUGGUCGAAGCCACGUAAGCGAUCCCUGAUGGAGAUGGAGGGGAAGGAGGAUGCCCAGAAAGUCCUGAAGUGCAUGUACUGUGGACACUCCUUUGAAUCGCUCCAGGACCUCAGCGUCCACAUGAUCAAGACCAAACACUACCAGAAAGUGCCUCUGAAGGAGCCCAUGGCCCCUUUGGCGGCCAAGAUAAUAUCUUCUAAGAAAAGGGGACUUGUGGGGUUGGACCUCACGGCAGCGCCACGUUCUCGAGAAGGAACCCCCAGAGCUAAGCACCAACAGGCAGACCAGGGUGAACCCCCGCAGAAACCUUCCUCCAGCCCCUACACAACCCCUAACAACCGCUACGGCCACCAGAACGGUGCCAGCUACACGUGGCAGUUUGAAUCCAACAAAUUUCAGAUCCUCAAGUGUAUGGAGUGUGGGAGUUCCCACAAUACACUGCAAGAGCUGAGAACCCACAUGAUGGUGACUGGACACUUCCUGAGGGUGACCAGCUCUGUGGGGAAGAGAAUCAAAACACUUCCUGAGGCCACCUCCCCCAACCCUGGCAGGGUUACCACACCUACUGAACAGAGGGUCCAAUCCGUGCCACUCGCACCCUCCACCUUCUCUCCUCCACCUCUUCAAACUACGACAAGUCCCCCCGCUACCUCCCCUCCUCUCAAGGAUAUUAAAAAGGAGGAGGUGGAGGAGGAGUGCUCUAAGCAAGAGGCUGUGAGAAAUGAGAAGCGAGUUACGCCGUCAGUUGGGAAGGAGGAGGAUGCUGAGAAGGAGGAAAAAUAUGACAUCUCCAAGUAUAGCUAUCUUACGGAAGAGGAUCUGAAGGAGAGCCCUAAAGGCGGCUUUGACAUUCUCAAAUCACUGGAAAACACUGUGACAUCAGCCAUCAACAAGGCACAGAGUGGGAACCCGAGCUGGGGGGGCUAUCCUAGCAUCCACGCAGCCUACCAGUUCCCCAACGCCCUCAACCUCCAGCAGGGCAUGAUGGAAAAGAAUUCCCCGCUGAAGUUCUUGUUCAACGGAGGAGAUGGAGCGCUGUCCUCCCUCGCAAAGAACCAGCCCCUCGUUUCCCCACCUCUCAGUCAGUCCUCCCCGUUCCCCAGCAACAACUUCCAGGCGAUGGAGGAUCUAGUUAAAAAAGUGACUGAGAAAGUAGCGAAAGUAGAGCAAAGGGUGAAGCUGUUGUCUCCAAAGAUGGAGAGCCACCCCUCUCCCUGCAGCAGUGAGGCCGGAGGGUCGCAUCGGGACGGAGAGGCCGACUCGCCUCGGGAAUGGAGGGCAGUCACCCCAGCCAAUAGCGACAGGGGAAGCCAUAGCGACCGAGCGUCCCCGGCAACCGAACCCAAGAGAGAGCGAGCAGUCCAAUCUCCACUUGCCUCUACGCUGAGAUGCAGUACAGCCAUUAUCACUGGCCACACUCCUCCAGAGCAGCCCUUUGUCAACCCUCUAAGUGCUCUUCAGUCAGUAAUGAACAUUCAUUUGGGGAAAGCAGCCAAGCCCUCCUUGCCAAACCAGGAUCCCCUGAGCCUGCUCUCCAGGCUCAACCAGAGCAUGGCUGAGAGGGCCGCCGUGGCCGCUCCUCCCUCACAAACCAAAAAGCCGGAAAGCCUAGUUGAUAAUAGCUUUUGCCAGCCCAGUGAUGAUCAGCCUAUGGACCUUACUAAAGGGAAAAGUGAUCGAGGCGGCUCUGUAGGCUCAGCCCCCCUAACCCCUUCGUCCACCGCGUCCUCCAUCUCCCCCACGUCCAUUUACACUCCUGCAAAGCUGACGGUUGUCUCUCCCUACACAUCCAGCAGCCCUCUGCAUGAAAACGCUUUGUCAGAUAUCUCAGACAUGCUGAGGAACCUCACCCAGUCACACCACGUCCCAAAGCCGACCUCGCGGUCCCGGGUCACGGACAAAGCCGAGAUCUCGGGCUCCGCUCAUGAGGACGACGAGGCGUCCCUGCACGGCCACAAACGCAAAGGCCGUCACUCCAACUGGAACCCCCAGCACCUCCUCCUCCUGCAGGCCCACUUUGCCUCAAGCCUGAGGCAGACGUCAGAGGGCAAGUACAUCAUCAACGACCUGAGCCCGCAGGAGAGAAUGCACGUGUCUCGGUUCACGGGCCUCUCCAUGACCACCAUCAGCCACUGGCUGGCCAACGUCAAGUACCAGCUAAGGAGAACCGGCAGGACCAAGUUCCUCAAGAACCUGGACUCGGGUCAACCUAUAUUCUUCUGCAGUGACUGUGCCUCGCAGAUCCGCACCCCGGCAGCGUAUGUGUGCCACCUGGAAGCCCACCUAGGGUUCAGAAUCAGGGACCUGGCCAAGCUGUCCCCUAAGCAGACUGGCAGGGACACCCACACUCUCUCUGAGAAACUGGUGCCCCUGGAGUCCUUCCUUUCUCCACAAUCACAAGACGACUGCAGCGGCAAUGGGGCCGUGUUCCGUUGCCAGCUAUGCGUCCGUAAAUUUGCCACUAAGCACGCCAUCAAGCUUCACCUCAGCAAGAGCCACGGGAAGUCUCCGGAGGACCAUCUGCUGUAUGUGAGCGAAGUAGAGAAACACUAAAUUACUCUCAGCAGCAGACUUACUGGAAAACAGAUGUAGAAACUAAACUAAAACCGUAUAUAUUUGAAAGUGUGGUAAUGCACAAAGAUGGAAUUAACUACUGUUAAAAUAGUCAGCACAUGGUGUUUACAUCUAUUCGACCUUAAAAAAAAACGUUUCCCUGUAUUUCACCAAAAUAUAGCGUAGGUUGCAGACCUUCAGCCGGAUGAGCGGAGGACGGAUCAUUUCAUGAUCUUGGUGAAUCUCUUGACUAGGUCAGCUAAUAACCUGAAGUGUAUUAACUUUAUUGUAUUUAUUUUGUACUUUGUGAGUUUGGUUCUGAUUUGCUGGUAGACUGCAUGUUCAACAAGUUUUACUGUUAACAUUUGUACAAUCCUGUCCUUUCCUGUCUACAUUUUGAAAUGCCCCUUCAAGCUGGUCAUUGUUCUAACUCCUUAAAACAGCCAAAUGCCUGGGAACGCCCCUUUUAAAAAAUAUAUAUCUGCCAUACAGCAACGGUUCAUUGCUUGUUUUUUUUUUUUUUUUUU